CACGUCACUAGCCCUGAGUAACCCUUCGCGGCGUCUUGGGAAGAUAAGAAGAGAAGAUGGGUUUGCUGUCCAUCCUGCGCAAGCUGAAGAGCACCCCCGACCAAGAGGUACGGAUCCUGCUGCUCGGUCUGGACAACGGAGGGAAGACCACCCUCCUCAAACAGCUGGCGUCCGAGGACAUCAGCCAUAUCACCCCCACGCAGGGCUUCAACAUUAAGAGCGUUCAGUCUCAGGGCUUCAAGCUGAACGUGUGGGACAUUGGAGGCCAGAGGAAGAUCAGGCCCUACUGGAGGAACUACUUUGAGAACACAGACGUGCUUAUUUACGUCAUUGACAGUGCUGACCGGAAGAGAUUUGAAGAAACGGGACAGGAGCUGGCGGAGCUACUGGAUGAGGAGAAGCUCAGCGGAGUCCCGGUGCUCAUCUUUGCCAACAAGCAGGACCUGCUGACAGCCGCCCCAGCCUCCGAGAUCGCCGAGGGCCUAAACCUGCACACCAUCCGGGACCGGCUCUGGCAGAUCCAGUCCUGCUCCGCCCUGACGGGAGAGGGGAUCCAGGAUGGCAUGAACUGGGUCUGCAAAAGUGUCAACUCCAAGAAGAAGUAGCAUCCAUGCCGGCUCUGUCCCGGACCGGCCCGAUGAAUGUAUGAACCAGCACGUGCAGGUAAACCCGAGGACACCAAGCUGAACUGAGGAGUUUACCAGACUUUGAUGACCUCCGACCAAGCAACCAGCCCCCCCCAUGCCCCCCAUCCCUUCUCACACAGGGUGAACACAGAGGCUAGUGCAUCCCCCCACCCAAAAAAGGGACCCCUAAAAUUCCUCCCUUUGUCCCCCAGUAUGCAUACCUCGAUGGCCCCGUGUGUGUCUGGACUGAUCCCUCUGAACAGCGCUACCGUUUUAAGGCAUUCUAAUCGGCUCCUUUUGUGGACGUCUUUCACUUGUCCCCCCAAUGCUUGUUAGCACAGUCCCUCCUGUGCCCUCCAUCUUGUGACAUGUCUCUCCGCAGUCCUUUGUUUAAGUA